GCUAUUAAUAGCUGAUUUACCUCUUAGAAGUGAAAAACAAAUGAAUUGCUUGGAUUCUGAUAUUGAGACGAAUAAAAAGGAACUUAAUUCUGUUUCUGAUAAUAAUGAAAAAACUUUCUCUCUGAUAAAGAACUUAACUAUUACAGAACAACUUCUUAUUUUACCUAAAUAUCUAUGCAUGAACCUUAUUCAAAUAUCAAAAAAGAAACAUACUUAUCAUAAGCUUAAGGGUCAUGUUAUAAGAUUACCUCAGAAUCCUGGAUCAUUAACAACUAUAUUGCCUUUGCCAAUAAAUCAUCUUACUAAAUAUUUAAAAGUUGUUUUUGUUGAAAAAGGGUCUUCUACUGAUUAUUAA